CGCUGCAACCGAGAAGGUGCUGGCCGUGCGGAGUUUUCUUCGAUCGCUGUGCACCCGUGCUCGCAGCGCUGCACUUUCGUUGCCACCGUUUGCGCAAUACUGUACACUGACACAUCACUGCAGCAGUGCGCGCACGCAUCGCUGCGUAACGUACUCAAUACCUGCAACCCCGAUCUCGCAUCGCUUGCACGGUGACACAUCACUGCAGUACUGGACGCGAUGCCAACACCACUACUCCUCCUCGCCCUGCAAGCCGCGGCCCUGCUCGCGCCACUGCCGACGCGCAGGAUAACGCGCUUGCAAGCCGCGAGCACGCGCCGCCGAGGCCUGCACCGGUCGCCGGAUUUAGAGCAGGACGGCUAUUUAGGAGUUGGAGACGGCCACGAGAUCUACUAUCAGGUAAAGACGCUCAAAAAGAAGUUUGGAGAACCGUUACCCACAGCGCUCUGGCUCCACGGCGGCCCCGGCGCGGGCUGCUAUCCGAACCACGCCCGCUUCUUCGACCCCGAGAAGUGGAGAGUAGUGUUGUUGGAUCAAAGAGGCUGCGGCAAGUCGAAAUACACCGGAGAGUGCUGGGAUGCUAAUGACACGCCGCGCUUAGUCCAUGAUCUCGAGUUACUGCGGGCGCACCUCAACGUCACGACAUGGGACUGCGUCCAGGGCGGCUCCUGGGGCUCGACGCUCGCCUUAGCCUAUGCCCAGUCCCACCCUUCUUCAGUGAGAUCCCUCGUGCUGCGGGGCGUGUGUUUGAUGCGACCCCUCGAGAUCGACUGGUUAUUUUCACCGAACGGCGGCGCCGCGUCGUUGGCUCCGAAAGGUUUCGAAGCGUUUCGGAAGCACGUUUCACUAGAAGAGGGCUGCGAUGAGAGAGCCGUGCUGCACGCCUACUACGAGCGGUUUGCAGAUCCGAAGACGCGGGACGCCGCAGCAAGAGCGUGGGCUAGCUGGGAGGGCGCCGCGUCGUCGAUCUCGCGACGGAGCGGCGUCGCCACCUUCUCUAAAGGGGAGUGGGCUUUUGAACAUUCACCAGAGUAUCAGGAGUACAUGGCGAAUAGAACGCGCGACAAGGUCGCUUCACUAGCGAAUCGGACGCAGUCGGAGGACUACUUCAACGGGACGACCGUGCCCGAGCUAGGGUCGACCGUCGAUAAAGCGCUCCCAAAGCCAAAACGCCAGCCGGCCCAACAAAUGCUCACGUGUGCGUAUUCCGUGAAGAACGGCUUCCUGCAUGAGGACUCGAUACUCGGUUCGAUCGACAAGAUAAGGGACAUCCCCUGCAUCGCGGUCCAGGGUUCAAAUGAUCCGAUCUGCCCGCCGCGGACGGCGUAUGAUCUCCAUAAGGCCUGGCCGGAGAUGGAACUGGUGCUCGUGGCGGGCGGCGGCCACUCGCAGUACGACCCGGACGUGCAGCACGAACUGUUGGAGGCCACCGAUAGGAUGCACGGGAGGCUCGCCCCGCCGGCGCCGACGCCAAAGCGCGGCGGAGGACGCCCGUCGACGCGACUCUACGCGACGGCCCGCGACGACGACUUCUCAGCUCUGACGGCGACGAAAACGCGGUUCGUCCUCGUGCAGACGCGCCAUCCGGGAAACGUCGGGGCGGCGGCGAGGGCGCUCUUGACGAUGGGCUUCGACGAACUGGUUUUGGUUGACCCCGCGGACCGCAAGAUCCUAAAUAGGCAGAAGGCUAUUGAUGGAGCGAGCGGCGCCCGCGGCAUCCUAGAGAAGGCAAAAAUCGAAGACAGCCUCGCCGCCGCUCUCGAAGGUUUUGAUUUGCGUUGCGCGACCGGCAUGCCAACGGACAUGGCCCGGUCCCGCUCGACACGAGUCUUCCGCGAGCCCCGAGAAUACUUCCAAGAGAUUGGCGAAGUCGGCUCCGUCGCGUUCGUCUUCGGCAACGAGCGCCUGGGCUUGGCCGAGGAGGACAUGGCGCUCUGCGACGUCGUCCUAGGGAUCCCGACGAACCCCGACUUCGGGUCGCUCAACCUGGCGUCGGCCGUCCAGCUCGUCGCCUACGACUGGCGGCAGGCGCUGGGCGGGUUUCCCUCGCGACAGCGCGGCGGAGGACGCCCGUCGACGCGCCUCUACGCGUCACCUAUUGACGAUGACCCCGCCGCGCCCGAAGACCUCGAGACGCGAGCGCCGGCUCCGCCCGACACCAUCCUCGCCUGGCGCGAGAGCGCCCAGCACCGCAUGGAGGAGCCCAUGGCCGUCCCCACGGAGUCCCUCACGUUCACGGAGGUGGGCGAGGUGACGGUGAGCUAGUAGCCUAAGUUGUAUGUGUAGUUACACGAGCGGGCGAAAUAGGCGAUCUUGUCGUCGACGACUUCGUCGACGGCCUUCAUGACCUUGUGGAAGCCGUGCCUGUGGGUGUACCGCUCGCGGCGCCUCAUCACUUGAGACUAGUGACCGAUACGCGAUUCGAACGCGUAACCUUCAGGACUGGAAUCUGACGCGCUGCCGUAGGCGAAGAUUUUGGUCGCGGAGGCCGAGGGGAAUAAUUUUCGGGGCCAAAUGAUGGAUGAGAGGUUUGAACGGUUUGACUCGUGCAGUCUGUGCGAGCAAAAGUACCACGGGGUUGUUUCGUGUGCGCUCGGGUGGGCGUGCUGGAAGACGUACGUGGGGCGACCGGAGGAGCACGGAGUUCGGAUAGCCGCGAUGAGGCUCCUUGGGAACGGUUUAUACGAGGCAAGACACCAUCAGGACGCAUUGUCCGUGAAAGAGACCGAGUUGUCUAUGCUGCGGCGCCUUGGCGCUCCAGAAACCAUUAUUCUCGCUGCGCAGGGCAAUCUCGCGAACACGUAUGCUCAAGUUGGACGGCUUGAACAGGCCUCACAGAUGGAACGAGCUAUAUACCGCGGACGUCUGAAGCUCAAUGGCGAGGAACAUGAAAUGACUGCCGUAGCAGCCAUCAACUAUGCGUCGUCCCUUAUUUUACUCAAGCGCUUUAGAGAAGCCAAAUCUCUACUGAGCAAGGCGACGCCAGUAGCGCGGCGCGCUCUCGGAGAAAAUCAUAUACGGACGUUAGAACUGAGAUGGAAUUACGCCACGACGCUCCAACAUGACGAUGACGCCACGCUCGACGAUCUCCGUGAGGCCGUGACGAAGCUGGAGGAGAUUGAACCGAUCGUUCGACGCGUGCUCGGCGGCGCGCACCCGACCACAACGGGGAUUGAAGACAAUUUACGAAUGGCGCGAGCCAAGCUUCUCAGGCUCGCGCAGAGUAAGAAUUAAA